AUGCUUACGUCGAAACUUCUAUUCCACAUCGGCCGAAAGAGCGCACUCUCAUGAGAUCUCCUAUCCUUAAUAGCAGGAAUCGGGAUAUCUGUAUUCGAUUCUAUUACCACGCACAUGGUAAAGACGUCGGAUCACUAUCCGUUGUGGUUGAUUUGAAAGACUCUUACGAUGCCAUCACCCCAUUCUCGAUCUCCGGCGACCAGGGAAACAUAUGGAAUCCUGCAAACGUGUACCUCCCAGCUAGCUUCACUUUCAUCCAUAACUUCAGGAUUGAAUUUUCUACGGAGAAACUAAGGGAUGGUUUCGAGGGCGACGUCGCUAUCGAUGAUAUCCUAUUCUUGCAGCAACCAUGUGACGGGUAUCCGUCAGAAAGCGAGUGUACCUUUGAGGAAGGUCUAUUUGGCUGUGGAUACAGUGACGACCAAACUGCCGAGUACCAGUGGGAAUGGUUCGAUAUCCUGGCUGUUGAAGAGCCACCUCUGAACUUGAUUUCAACUUCAUACAUGUAUGCCAAGGCUUCGAUUCCGAGCCCCGGUCAGACAGCCGAAUUCUACUCUGGAAUCUACGACCUCAACGGCCGGACCCAUUGUCUGACAUUCGAUGUCGUCCUCACAUCAGACAACACUCAACAACUCCUGAUUCAGGCACAAGAAAUGGAAGCAGAGACAAGACACGAUAUAGGCAGUCUAACCGGAGACAUCGAUGGGUCUUGGUUUACAUUGGGUUGGCCCCUACAGGGAGACCUCCUGAAUUCUCCAUUUCAACUCGUUUUUAAAGCGGUGUAUGGGCAGAGUACCGAUGGAGUCAUAGCUCUUGACAACGUAUUCUUUUCAGAACAUCUCGACGUUUGCAAAGAAAAUGUAGCACAUCCUACAAAGGUGCGCAUAAAGAGCAGUUCACUGCCGACCGUCACAACGAUAAGUCGUCAACCCCAAACAAGAAGUAAUCCUAAAGUCAGCAUGGUCGUCGGUGUCAUCAUGGCCGUCGUCAUCGCAGCCGUAGUCCUUAUCGGUGUCCUCAUGUUCUUAAAAUAUAGAAGCUCGACUGGGUCACUGACUGUCGGGAAUAAGAAUGAAAGGCUGGAUGCAAAGCCGUUCUCUAUGGAUUCCCAGGAUACCGGAGGGGAGCGUAACUCCAAUCCGCAAAUGGUUAAUCAUGGGACUGACCAGGGGUUGCAAGCUUAGUUUUGCAAUCUGAACUAGAGUAAUAAUUAUCAGAUAAGAAAAGAUUUAUCAAUUAUUGUUGGCAGAAAAAUAUAAUCAAUUGAAUGAUUGUCAUAAUGAUAAUUCCAUAUAAUCAAUCGGUAGAUAUUUUCAUCUUCUGCUACUGGAAGACAAUUUGAUACAAUGUUGAAGAGUUGUGUGUAUCAGGAGCCGCGAAACGGUUUUGAAAGUGCGGGGCUGAGCUGAAAGUUUGGGGGGAUGACAAUGUACAAAAUCCAUAAUCAGAUGGUCAUUUGUACGUUUUUGUACACGGAUUUGGAAAAAAACGCUGGCCCCUAUGUAUACAUUCUGAUAAAUAGGAACUAUUUGGGUUUUUUUUUCAAUUGAUGUUAAACUCGACUUUAUGUCCAAGUAAGGAAUGAUUUUUUUUGUCCAUGAUGCCAUAAUACAACAAGAGUUGCAGUAAUUUUCUGAGCAAAUACCUUUUAGGUUGAGUAACCAUGGAAAUGUGAGUAGAGAGUGUUUAUUGUACAAUUUACAUGUUACUUCAAGUAAAUAUAUGUUUCCAAUAUAUUUCACUGCAGCUUAUGGCCAUCUGGAUUAAGGUUACGUCAUUAGUUAUGUAGGAUGCAUAUUCAAGUAAACGAUUGUUCAGAUAUUUUGUUGAUAAAUUUGACACCAAAUUGAAAGAGGCAUAGGAAAUUUGAAAGUAUGAAAAUGUGGAAUCAUUUGUAUUUCCCAAAUGUGUUUAUUUGUGCAGUAAUUCAACAGACCCGACUAGAGGCUUAAAAAUGACUCACAAAGGUUACAUGACAAUCAAUAUCAAGGUACAGGUAUGUGGAUUUUUUAAUAUCAAUGUUAAUCUCUCAGGUGCUGAUGUAAAUAAAAAUAUCCAUGGGCCAGUAGUUUAGAUUGCUUUAAAUGGUCCUACUCUGUCAAUAUCUGUUUCAAAUUUUGGUAUUUAGUUUAAAAAAAUAAUUAACACAAUAUUAUAUAAUGCAAAAUAGUGUAUUUGUAGAAAAAUAAAUGAAAACGUUUUGAAACAUGUGUCUUUUUUUAAAGAGUUUAACAAGAAAUAAGAUAAGAUAUCAAAUUCAUUUCAAAGUUUUAGUUCAUCAAGACAUAAUGAAAAUCUGUGACGUCUGAAGAUGUUGCUACUGAUUUGCAUAUCAAUAAAUAAAUGUAACUAUCAUUAAUGUUAUUAUCACUAUUAUUAUUGUUAUUUUUAUUGCAUACCACAACUUAUUAAAAGCGCAAAUACAAUAUACAUGUACAAGUGACUUAUCAUUGUAACGCUUAGAGUCUCCUCUUUCGUCUGAUAUAACUAACAUGUUUAAAUUGAUUAAUGGAUACCAAGAGUGAAAUGGAGGUCAAAAAGAAAAUCACAUGUAUUAAUUUUUUAAUAUCUUUUCUUUAAUUUAUUAAACUCAAUUACAGAAGUCCAUAACAUUUCAUGAAACAGACGAUUGAUGACGUGUUUUCGCGAAUUUCUUACCAUAGCAAAUGUACGGCUUACAUGGGAAUUUCGUUUAUAAUCUAAUAGGAAUUUUUAUGUUGUAUUUGUGAUUUAGUUAAGAUAUAUCAUCGAUAAUGCUCGGUUUCUACUUUUUUGUAUAAAUACACUGUAUAAUAAG